GGGGGGUGGGGUGGAAAUGGCAGUUGUGAAAAGAAAAGAUACAAUUCCAUGUAAGAACAGAAACCUUCCUAAUGAAAAGAAAAUAAGCUGGUUUUUCACUCUGGUUAUUUUAUUUGUCAAAUCUCUUUACAUACUGUUUUGAGCUAGAAAAUGCAACCAACAGAUUUUUACAUAAAACCCACAGAAUCAGUGCUCUUAGUUCUUGCGCAGCUCCCAUUCACUUCAAAUGACAUUGGAACUGGAUAACUUCCUGCUGUAUUGCGACACAUAUAUUGUUAUAAGUAAGUAACAAAACGGUUGCCUCCCCAAUACUCUCCUUUUUCUUAAAAAAAAAAAAAAGGUGAGGACUCAAGAAGAGCUAAUUAAAAAACACAAUUCAUUCAGAAGGUUGGCGAAAGGAAGAAAACUUAUCUGGGAAAGGUACAAAGAGACAAAAGAUUCAUGGGGGAAAAACAGUAAUAAAAGGUGCUUAAAUAAUAAUAAUUAUGUUAUAGGGGGUGUAAUUAUUGCAGAGCAAAAAAAAUAUUGACCUGGUUUUUAAAAGAGCAAGCCAUUCUUGUGCGAACUGAUGGGUGCCUGUCAUUCUUAAGCUUAGCGGGGGUUUUUUAAAAUAAAAUUCUAAAGGCUAUCACCCUCUCCCCACUCCAAAAAGCAUUCCCAAAGACAGAAAGCUAUCAAAGAAAAUUGUAUUUGCCUCCCAAUAAAGCAGAUUUUAAAAAAAAGCCUAUGACAAUAUAUAAUCCUAGCUAGAGAUUUGGUAAGUGGGGGAGGGGGGGCCUUCAAAUGUAAUACAGUUGGCAAGUAUUAAAACAUUAACAACGUUCGAAGGAAAUAUUCUGCAGAUUUUAUUUUAUUUUUUAAUGUAAAAGCAGUACUUUGAAAAGAUUGCAGAGAUUGUGUAGAGAGCAAUGGCAGGGAAAUGGCUGUAUGGGCUACAUACGUAGGCACAUACAUAAAAAUCUUUUCACAACCUCCGCCUCUCAAUUCACAUGUAUAUACGAAGCUCCUCUUACUUCUUUGGACAGUGUCAGAUUGACUCUUAAAUGAAAGGGGUUUUUUUAUAUGAGGGUUUUACGUGGGGGUGGGGGUGUGUGUUCAAUGUUGGGGGUUUUAUGACAUCACCAGGUUAAAGUACCCAAUCAGCUCACGCUCUGGAGAAAAUUAUUUCGUGGGGUGUUUCCUAUAAUAUACUGUACUUCCAAGUCUGUCUUGAAGAAAGAAGCCAAAGGGGGGUGGGGGAAAGGUGGACAUGACAAGGAUUUUGGUGUGCAACCUGGGUGCUUUUAAAGACCUCUUUUACGGAGUGGUUUUUUUUUUAAAUGUGUGUGCUACUGUCUCUCUUUUUCUUCGGCUGUGGACUUCGUUGGUUUUAAAGAUCUAUCUGCAAAUUCAAAGGAGAGCUUUUUUUUUUGAAAAAAGAGGCACGCUGAGAGGGGGGAGAUUCCUUGUUUCUUCCCUCCCUCCCCUCCCCACCAAACACACACCGGCAGACUAAGAUAGGAAAGGUACCAGGAGGAGGAGGAGGAGGAGGAGGGAAAGGACCAUGGCAAGACCACAAUCUUCUCCUUUGCAACCCUCUCUGGAUUUCUAGAGUGGAGCAAGAAAGAAAGGCAGAGAGAAAAGGCGGCUCUGGAGCCUCAAGGGAUGCCUUCGAAAGGAAAAUUCAUCACUCAAGGGCGGCGGGUUGAUUUUGGGGGGUAGGAGGGAGCAUGAGGAGGGGUUGGGAGAGGAUCCCCUCUUUCUAGCUCCCCUCCCCGCUGGUGGCUGCGAAGCCCCCCCCUUUUAUUUACGAAGAAGCAGAUAAACAAACAUGUUCCUGACCUGCGGGAUGGCUCCUGCCGCCGCCACCGUGGAUUACAAUGGAGAUUUCCAAGCUGGCUACCAGGAAAUCGACGGCAUCACUUUGGGCUACUUGCAGAUCAACGGCACGCGGAUGUUCGCCCUGACGCAGGUCUUCAGCGACCUGUUUAAGGACAUCCCGAGGGCCACCGUGAGCAAGAAGAUGGAAAGUCUCAAGAUCCAGAGCCGCCGCUGCGACCUGAAGGAGCUGCGCACCCUCAAAGCCAUCCAGUCCGUGCCAACGCGCGCCGUCAAGUGCUCGCUCAUCUCCAAGGCGGACCUGGAGGCCCUCUGCACCUCUUGCAAGGCCCUGGCCCCCAGGAAGAGGAAGAGGAAGAGGAAAAGCAAGAGGAGGGAAGCCGGGGACCUGUUCAACCGGCCCCGGUUACUUCCCGCGUACAGCGCAGCCGACGGCGCCUUUCGCGCCAACGUGGGUGCCGGCUGCGCCAAACGGGACGCGCUCUUAGGGGCCCCGUUCGCCAGAGGCUACGAGAAAGCCGCGCCGCUGCCGAAGAGCUACAGCCGCAGCGGCCGAGAGCAGCUCUUGGCCGGCGUGCUGAGCGCUUACCCCGGCGACUUGCAGCUCCUCCACUCGGCCGUCAGGGCGCACGGCACCAGCCAAGCGCCCGGCGAGGCGGAGGCCGGGCGCACCAAGCGCUCGGCUUGCGGGUGCCUCGGCAAGGAGAAGGGUCGCUCGGCAUCCUUCGCGGGCCCCAAGAGGCAAGGCACGUCGGCCGGCUACUCCAGCGACUCGGAUUCCAGCGGCGCGUCCAGCGCGGCCAGCUCCAGCGACUCCUCGGAAGAGGACGAUGAAGAAGACGACGACGACGAAGAGUCAUCUUGCAGCAGCGAAGAAGGCAGCUCCUCCGGGUCGGAAAGCAGCUCCCUGUGUAGCGGGGACUCGGUGCAGAGUACCCGCUACAGGCAGGCGGCGCUUCCUCGGAUCCCACCCCAAGCUGCCUCUCCUCAAGCCCUCUCGGGCGUAACCAAAGCCUUGCGCCCUGACCCGAACUUACUCUUCUGGGCCAGGACGCUGCGCGCCUCCACUUUGGAAAGUUUCAAGCCGGCUCCUACCAUCGCGCCAAAGGUGCCCCCGCGUGAGGACCCGGAACCCCGAGUAAAGCAGGAGGCGAGGAGCUCUCCCGUCUUCCCUGCCCGUCCCAGCAGCCCCAGCGAGGGCCCGCAGCCAAAGGGAGGCUUUCGGGAAGCUUCGGAGUCGUGCGCCCCGGAGCGCGAAGACUUCUCCAAGGACGCCGACUUCCUUUGCUCCCGUGAGGACCUCCACGUUGGCGAGCCGGACAAGGCUGAGGAAUCAGCUCUGCACCAGGACUCCAAGGAAGGGUCGGGGCGGGAAGCUCAAUUCGACAGGCUUAUCAGGCAGUCCAAGCUGUGGUGCUACGCCAAAGGCUUCAAUGUGGACGGGAAAGGUUUGCGCAGGGCCGAGCAGGCCAAAGGGAGUUCCUCCGCCUCCAGAGCCGGCCUCCUCAGCCUGGCUAAAAGCGGCAGCGACUUAGAAAGGAACGCUAAACGCAGGCGUGCCGAGCAGGAAAGGCAGGCCAAAGGGAGGCCCCCAAAGAUUUCGAGGAAGACGACCAAAAAGGGGGCCACGCCGCCUUGCAAACGCUUGCUCCACACCAGCCCGGCUCCUGCCAGGAAUCCGUUUUCUUUGAUGGGUACCUUUCCCUGUACGCCCGCUUUGGUCGUCGGCUCUGAUGGGGAUCUGUGUCCUGCGUCCUCUCUGUGCGUAAAAGACUCGUGCGCCCUCUCCAAAACGCACCCGCUUUGGACCUGGCAGCUGGGGGGCAAUGCCAUCCCCGUGCCCCCCAGCCUGAAAUUCCGGGGAUACCGUUUAGAGGAAUUCUAGAUGGAGGAUAUAAGCUGGUUUACGUGCAACAGGUUGACUUUUUUUUUUUGGGAUGGGGGACGAAGUGAAUUGAAUAUGUAGCCAAAAAAAGAGAGAUGGAGAAUCUGAUAUUGCAAUCUGGAAAAAAAAUUUACUCGGCUGUAACAUUUUUUGUUUCAGUGGCCUUUAAUUCCAAAUAAGUGUGUUGGUGACAGCAGCUUGUGAUCUUAAAACACAGUUUCUUAGAAGUAGGUUCUACUGAAAUCAGUGGAACUUAUUUUCAAGUAAAUGUGUUAAAUAGGGUAGGAAGAGAUCCGACUUUCCAAUCAUGAUUACUUUUUUUUUUUUAACCCUUAAGGAUGCCUUGACAAAUGGAAUUUCUGGCAUUCCUUUACUUUAAAAAGAACAAAAGCUUUGUUUUAAAGAGCUUUCUCAUUCCUCACUUUCUUCAAAAGAUCCCACAACUUCUGAAAUGUUGAAAUUUGAACCUUGGUUGGAAGUAGGCCUCAAGUGUGGAGUAACUGAUGAUUUAAAAUGAAGAAGAAAAAAAACCACUCACACAAAAAACACAGCAGUACUGAAAGAGUGUAAAAGAGAUUGGAGAACAAAAUUUGGUGUUGUGUAAUUAAAAAAAAAAAGAUAUUUAUGGUAGCAAUACUUUGGCUUAAUAUGCACAACAUUUUAAUAUGGGGAGGGCAGAAAAGGUCUGUUAGGGGGAAAAAGACACAAAGGAAGUUUGGGGCAUAGCUGACCUCCCCCUUCCUUUUAAUCUGGAGUGGUUUGCUCCAUGCAGAGAAAUUUAAAAGAGUUGUGGGUGUGUUGUGAGGAAUGAGAAAGUUUCAAGGCAGCCUCCCCUCCCCCUCCCCAGUGAAAGACCCUUCUCUUCUCCCCCUCCCUCAUUUGCCAAGUUAAAAGUAUACUCCCCUCCCCUCCCCCACCUUUCUUCCUUAAUUUGGAAGAGAAAUGGCAUGGCCUUUCAACCACCGCACAUUAAACUCAUCAAAGCAUCACUCCUCCCCCCCCCCCAGCCUCCAUCCGUUUCCUGAUUAAAACUAAAGCAAGACAAAAGUGACUGUUUUAUCCCCAACAGCAGAAUUUUGCAAGGGGAUUUUUUUUUAGUAGAAUGGAAUUCCCCCCCCUUCUUUUUGCCUAAAUUUGGGAUUGUUUGUGUGUGCGUGUUGAAUGGUGCAAAAAGUGAUUUUAAGCAAAAUUAAGUAUAUUCUACUGUCUACUGAAAAGGUGCAGAAGUGGGUGACGCAACUUCAUUUGGGAAAAAUAAAAAAGAUAAAUAAAUCCCUGAUCUUGCUUGAACCAAAAGAAAGAAAGAGAGGGAGAGAAAAGGGUUACUUGAAACAGUUGUGUUUUUUAAAAAAGAGGUUGUUGUUUGUUGCCUAAUAGAACCCUGACUUUUAAGUAGCCUUCGGUAACAUUCUGUUUAUUUAAAAAUUUACUGGAAAAAGAAAUUGGAUCCAGGGGCAAAUUUGCAAUGAAAUGCAGAUGGACAAUUUGAUCUCCAAAGUGGAAUGCAGAAAAAAGAGAUUCUCCCCCCCCCCCACCACACUGUCAGAGGAAACUACACCCCCUCCCUCCCUGAUACAAACAAAUGUUCUUUCCUUUUAUUAUUCCUCUUUGUCUUCAGAGGUUUCCCUGCCUGCCUGAAAUCAAAACCAAACCUCAAGCUAUAUAUUUCCCCCCCGUUUCAAAAUUGGAUCUCAGGGCACAAGCCAGAACUGUUACUCUGGAGUUGCUGUACAAUCAGCGGAGGUCACAGAACAGUUUUUUAAUCAGUGCAAAGAAGGGGUUGUUCUCUAAGGUGAAUAUUUCUGGAAUUAUUGGGAAUUAAACCCAAAGGUUGAAACAUGUUUAUCUGGAAGUAAGCCCCCAUUAUAGACUUGUUUUUACUGCUCCGGGUAAUUGUCAUAUUUUGGACAGUCUUUGUUCCCACCUUCCUUCUAUUAAAACAACAUUUUCUCCUCCUCGCCUCCCCAAGAAUCUUACCUGGGGAAAAUAAAACAAAAUAAAUAAUGGAUUAAAAUUGCAGAUUUCAACUUAGGGGAAAUUCUGGCUUCUUGAGUUUCACGGAUUUUUGGAAGUGGCAGUGAAUCAAAGUGAACUUGGAACGGAGAAAAUAAGAUGCUUUUAAAAGGUUGCAAUCCUGGACACAGUUGCAAGGGAAUAACCCCAUGUUGCAAUUUCUGGUACUCACUUCUGAUUAAACAUGUUUAAAAUAGCGAAACCUCUUUUUCCCCCCCUGCCCCUGGCCAAAAUAUUCUGCCUUCUGCAGGCAGCAGUCUUGACACUCUUUUUGAGAGGAAUAAGGGUGGAAUUCCAGUGGAACUCAGUAAAUAUGCUUAGUGUAGUUCUGUUGGUUUAUUUUUUCCCUUUGCCAACCUGCAUUUUUGUUGGAGAGAAAGGGGAAUUUGUAUUGUUCAAAUCAAUUUUGAAAGGAAAUGAGGAGUAGCUUUCCCAUGCCCCUAAAGGGGAAAAAAUGGGUUUAAAUUAGUUUGUAUGAAUUCUCUUGGGUAGAAUACAUUCAUUUGGACUACCUUGAUGAAGGAGGAUUUCCACCUUAAUUGCCCCCAGAUUUUUUUCCCCCAACAACAAAAAGAAUGAAACCAGAUUAUUCCUGGGAACACAACAUAACUUGGGUGCUUUGUAUGUGGAGGACUAAAUUAACAUUGUUGUGACUGAAAACUCCCCCUUUUCAGUAACCAGCUUUGAAUAUUUGUUGCCUAGAUCGUAAGUUGUUUUUGCUGAUAUCAGAAGGAAAAAAAGAGGGUUGUGGGCUUUUUAUUUUUAUUUUAUUUUCCUGUCAACUUGUAUAGCCUGGUCUUUUUGGCUGUUCUGGUGACUUGGGAAAACUGGAGGAAUAUGACGGGGGUGGGGUGGGGAGAUUUUUCUUCUUGCUGCUGUCUUAAUUUUCUUCAAAAACCCUUCUCAGCCCUGUCUUAUUGUGUUCAAAAUUUGAGCCCAACUUUGCAUAAAAGAAGGGAGGGGUCCUGGUGUUUGCCAGGCAGACAGCCCUGUUCAUUUAACUGCACACCUUAUUUUCGGAGGAAUGUGGAAUUCAGUGGAGGCCAAAUAUUGACAUGUCCUCUCCCUGCUCCUCCCCCCCCUUUCAAUUUCUACCUUUAACUUCAUUGGGAGUUUUGUAAUAGUGAGCCGAACAAGAGAGAAACAGAAAGAAAGAGUGAUAGGAAGGAAGG